AUGCACGCCAUUAUCUUCCUGUGGGCAGCCCUAAUCGCAGGGAGAGCGCACGCAGCGGCUGUUUUCGCCCACUUUCUAGUAUCAAACGCAGCUAACUUCACAAUUACUGAUUGGGCAGACCACAUAAGGUUGGCGCAAGAUGCCCAAGUAGAUGCCUUCGCAUUGAAUAUCGCGGCGGAUGAUGCGAUUAACGGUCACGCAUUACAACUGGCUUUCACAGCAGCCCAGCGCGCGAGGUUCAAGGUUUUCUUUUCAUUUGAUUAUGUUGCCCGCGGACCCUGGAAUCAACAUGAUGUUAUUGGGUUGCUGCUGCAAUAUAGAACGAACGAGGCCUACUAUCGCGUUAAUGGGCACCCGUUUGCAUCUACCUUCGAGGGCUCGGAGAACGCAGAGGAGUGGAAAAGUGUCAAGGCCAGCACAGAUUGCUUCUUUAUUCCCGACUGGUCUUCGCUGGGAGUCAAGGCAGCGUUGGAAAAAGGUUACGGUAUCGUGGAUGGGCUCUUUAGCUGGGCCGCCUGGCCUUCUGGUGCGGAAGAUAUGAACACUCAGGUGGACAUGUCCUACCUGGAACUUCUUCAGCAGGGAGGACUUGCAUAUAUGAUGCCUGUCUCCCCAUGGUUUUAUACAAAUCUGCCCGGCUAUGGCAAGAAUUGGCUUUGGCGCGGGGACGACCUGUGGUAUGAUCGCUGGCAAGAGGUCUUGUCUCUCCGGCCGGAAUUUGUGGAGAUCAUUUCGUGGAAUGACUACGGCGAAUCGCAUUACAUCGGACCACUUCAUCAGGGCGGAUAUGGAGUAUUUAAAACGGGUAAGGCCCCAUUUAAUUAUGUCGAGGGCAUGCCACAUGAUGGAUGGCGGAUAUUACUGCCAUUCAUCGUCGGUGAUUAUAAGAAUGGGAGUGCUGCAGUGAAUGAGGAGUCAUUGGUCACAUGGUAUCGCACAACUCCGGGAGCUGCGUGUGAUGCGGGUGGAACAUCGGCGAACACGCGUAGUCAUGGGCAAGUUGAAUUCAGCCCUCAAGAGGUGACCAAGGAUCGUAUCUAUUACUCUGCCUUACUCACAGAAUACGCCGUGGCAGAGGUGACCAUUGGUGGCGUCACGCAAACUGGAACAUGGGGAAGCGAGCCAAGCAGUGGCAAAGGCAUCUAUCACGGGAGUGCGCCGUUCAAUGGUGCAACGGGAGAUGUAGAAGUGACUUUGUCGAGGAGAGAUAACAAGGUUUUGACAUUGAGAGGAAAAGCAAUCUCUGGAGACUGCCCCAAUAAUAUCCAGAAUUGGAAUGCCUGGGUUGGCAGUGGCCGAGUCCCCUGCCGCUCGUCAACCAUCUCGCGAGAGAUUUAUCUCCCUUCCAACCCAGCGGCUGUUUCAGAAGUGUAA